UGUGCAAAAAAUCCGAGCUAACCCCAUUCGCAAUUGCAGAGCUUGAAAUGUGAUUUGAUCACAAGCGGCAGUGGCACAACGAGGUAUAAGUCCCCUAUUUGCCCGUCAUUCAUCCCUCCAGAAGAAAAACAAGCAACAAAAAGGAGAAGAGUAAUAUGUCUCUGAGGACAUUCAUCAAACAUCUGGGCUGCAAACACUCCUGCUUACUCAAAACCCUCACUCGAACACUCUCUUAUUCCCUCUCUUCCCCACCAAAACCACGACAAUCAGCCACAGACAGCCCUGUCCAUUUUCAACAAGACCCAUAUUCUCUCCUCAAAGAAGACCCAAUUCAGAUAUGUUCUUCCAUGUGGGUCAAAUCCUUCUCUUCUCCUCCCACAACUUCCUUCCCGAACCUCACCGGCUUUCUCUCCAAAUUCGACCUCUGGGUCUUGGCCUACCAGCGCUCCUGCGCCCACGUGACCGGCACGUUCCCUCCCCGCAACGCCAUCCACUCUCAGCCCCUCCACGACCUCUUGUCCCUCCGAAACGCCGUUGUUUAUGGCCGCUUCUUGUGGAACGACAAGACCCGCCAGAUUCUCCGUAGCCCGAACGACAAACCCAUUACGAAAAUCAUGUCGAAGAGGAAACUUCAGGCUUUAAUUGAUUCAGACGAGCCGUGUUUUCAAGACAGGGUUGUUCAGGAGGUUCUGUUGAUGAUUCUGGAGCCGGUUUUCGAGGCCCGGUUUUCGCAGAAAUCGCACGCCUUCAGGCCUAAUCGGAAUGCCCAUACGGUUAUUCGAACGAUUCGGAGUAACUUUGCCGGGUAUCUCUGGUUCAUGAGAGGCGAUUUGAGCGAGAUUUUUGAUAAUGUGGAGAGAAAUGUGGUGAUGGGUUGCUUGGAGAAGGCCGUAAAGGAUAAGAAGAUUUUGGGUUUGAUCAAAUCCGCGCUUAAAGCUCGGCCGCGGAGAGAUUCCGGUGCGGAAUUGGAGAAGAAUAAGAAGAAGAAGAAGAGAGGGGCUACAAAGAAGAGGAUUUUGAAUGAGAAUGAGCCGAAGCCCGACCCGUAUUGGUUGAGAACGUUCUUCGAUUUCGCGCCUGAAGAGGCUGCCAAGGUACCUUCUUAUGGAUUUUGUGGAAUUCUUAGUCCUUUACUUGCAAAUGUAUGCCUUAAUGAGUUGGAUCACAUGAUGGAAGAUAGGAUUGUUGAGUUCUUUAAGCCUUCGAAGCUCGAUUCGAUUUGGAAAGACUCGAUAACUGACGGGUGUCAUAACUCGUCUUGGCCGGAGUUUGUUCCGUCCGGUGGGAAGGGGAAGACUAAAAAAAUGGAUUACAUAAGAUAUGGGGGUCAUUUCUUGGUUGGGAUUAGAGGUUCUAGAGAGGAUGCAGUGAAUAUUCGGAAGCAAAUAAUCGAGUUUUGUCAGUGGAAAUUCGGAUUAAGAUUGGAUAAUUCGAAGUUAGAGAUCGAACACAUAACUAGAGGAAUUCAAUUCUUGGACCACAUAAUAUGCCGCAGAGUGAUUCACCCAACACUUCGUUACACCGCUAGCGGAGGUAACGUUGUGAGCCAAAAAGGCGUCGGGACUUUGCUUUCAGUCACUGCUAGCUUACAGCAAUGUAUCCGCCAUUUUAGGCGGCUUCAGUUUGUUAAGGGUGACAGAGAUCCUGAGCCUCUGCCCUGCAAUCCGAUGCUCUACUCAGGUCAAGCUCAUACCAAUGCUCAGAUGAAUAAGUUCCUUGAAACAAUGGCUGAUUGGUAUAGAUAUGCCGAUAAUCGCAAGAAAGUUGUUGGCUUUUGCGCUUAUGUGAUUCGCAGCUCGUUGGCUAAGCUGUAUGCUGCAAGGUACAGAUUGAAAUCUCGAGCCAAGGUGUAUAGAAUCGCGUCAAGGGAUCUAAGUGGUCCUUUGAGGGAGAGCAGCAGCAAUUCAGCGCCCGAGUACUCUGAUCUUUUGAGGAUGGGGCUUGUUGAUGCAAUCGAACGGGUUCAGUUUUCACACAUGUCCUUGAUUCCUUCUUGUGAUUACACUCCGUUUCCGAGGAACUGGGUGCCGGAUCAUGAAAAGGCGUUGUGCGAGUACAUUCGACUUGAGGAUCCAAAGUUCUUUUGCAAAUUGAAUAGAUCGGUUAAGAGGCAAGGUUUGAGUUUGCCUCAAGAUGAGUUGUCCGAAACUGUGUGGUAUUUAAAAACCCAUGGGGUGAAGAACCAUCAUCGUCGUGCAGAAAACGAUACGAGAAAUGAUGAUUACUCCGAAGUGUCUGGUGCAUCUUGAUUUGGUUAUUGAAUUGGCAAGAGCCAUUUGAAUCUCGAAAGUAAAAUUGCUUGGAUAGUUGCUUAAAGGUCUGCCCCAAUUGUCCGUAUCAGGACAUAUUUCCGUCAACAUCGACAUUUCCAUCUGAUGAAACUGUUCAUCAGAAUCAGAAAUGGAGUGAGAAAUGUGAGAUGGGACUAGAAGUAACGAAAAGUUUCCUAACUAAACUUUUUUGGUGAUAAGCUUCAAUACUGGAGAAUCAAAAGGGUUUAGUUUAAUUUUAUCAAUUGGGGGAACUCUUGAAUGGCAAAAAGGUUGGCUAUAUGGAAUUGGAAAAUAUGGCAUAGCCUUUCCAUUGAAUAAUAAUGAGUAUAUAUAUAAAGUGUAGGCUAUUGGUAAUAAUUCUAGGACUGAAAUCUCUUGCUGCAGACUUGGGAUUUUCUUAGUCUGUGCAUCCAUUGAUUUAGAAUAAUUCUUUUUCUG